AAUGUGGGUGACACAUACGGGGUUGGGGGCAACACACGUAUAAUUGACGGUUCUGAUUCUCGGCAGAUUAUGAUGGAGUUCUGUCCAGGGGGUGCUGUGGAUGCUGUAAUGUUGGAGCUGGAGCGAGCACUGACUGAGGCCCAGAUCAGGGCUGUGUGCAAGCAGACCCUGGAGGCUCUCAAUUAUCUUCACAGCAACAAGAUCAUCCACAGGGACUUGAAGGCCGGCAACAUCUUGCUGUCACUGGAGGGAGACAUCAAACUAGCUGAUUUUGGGGUGUCAGCCAAGAACACCAAAACAUUGCAACGCAGAACAACUUUCAUUGGGACCCCAUACUGGAUGGCACCUGAAGUUAUUCAGUGUGAGACCAGCAAGGACACUCCGUAUGACCAGAAGGCUGACGUGUGGUCGCUGGGCAUCACGUUGAUCGAGAUGGCAGAAAUGGAACCUCCUCAUCAUGACCUCAACCCAAUGAGAGUCCUCCUCAAGAUCACCAAGAGCCCUGCUCCUGCUCUGGCCCAGCCCACCCGAUGGUCUGCUGAGUUUAAGGAUUUCCUAAGAAAAGCUCUCGAGAAGAACGUGGCAGCCCGAUGGACAGCUCAGCAAUUACUACAGCACCCAUUCGUUGCCUCCGUCACCAACAACAAGCCCGUCCGUGAGCUGAUCGCGGAGGCCAAGGCAGAGGUGAUGGAGGAGAUUGAGGAGGGAAAAGAGGACGAGGAAGAUGAGGAAGACGAGGGAGAGGACAGGGAGGAAAGAGCAGAGUCUGUGCCAUCACAUGAACACUCCCAGUCAGACAUCAGCAGUGAGGACGAAAGGCUGCGUGAGUGGAGAGAGGAGCCCCACAGAGCUCCGGCAACCACACAGACACAGCCCCAGACACAGCCACAACCCCAGAUACAACCCCAGACACAACCCCAGCCCCAACCACAGACACAACCCCAGACACAGCCCCAGUCCCAGACACAGACACAACCCCAGACACAAUCCCAGCCCCAGCCCCAGACACAACCCCAGACACAAUCCCAGCCCCAGUCACAACCACAGCCCCAGCCACAACCCCAGCCCCAGACACAACCUCAGACACAACCCCAGACACAGCCCCAGCCACAACCCCAGUCCCAGACACAACCACAACCCCAGACACAGCCCCAGUCCCAGACACAGACACAACCCCAGACACAAUCCCAGCCCCAGACACAACCACAGCCCCAGACACAACACCAGCCCCAGCUCCAGACACAACUCCAGCCCCAGACACAACCUCAGACACAACCCCAGACACAGCCCCAGCCACAACCCCAGCCCCAGACACAACCACAACCCCAGACACAACCCCAGCCACAGCCCCAGACACAACCCCAGCCACAGACACAACCCCAGCCCCAGACACAACCCCAGCCCCAGACACAACCACAGCCACAGCCCCAGAUACAGCCACAGACACAACCACAACUGUGCCAGACACAAACCGUGGACAGAGAAUCAGACACAACGCGGGAAAGCCCUAUGGACGGGGAUCUUGAAGAUCAGGACCUGGGCGGCACUGAUCCACACCCAGUGGUGCCCACAGUAACCCCAGAUUGGGAUGGGAAUGCCAGAGCUUUGCCGGAUGUCACUGCGGGAGAGUUGGGGAAGGAGAGGGAGAUGGCGGAGGAGGAAGGCGGGAGCCACGGCGAUGGGGAGAGGGAGAGAGCAGGAAUGUCGGAUCUGGCGGAGAGCUCGGGAGCGGAGGACAGGGGAUCGCUGUCAGGAAAACCGCGGGAAAUGGCUGGAGCGGGGAAUGUGGUGUCCGAGAAGACGUUGACUAGUACCGAGGAGGAGCCGGUCACCGGGUGUGAAGACACGGUGGGCCCUGUACGGGAUGAGGAGGUUGAUGUGGGGGAGGGGAUUGAUGAGGGUGAGAAGGGUGAGGGGGUUGAGGAGGGUGAGGGGGUUGAGGAGGGUGAGGGGGUUGAGGAGGGUGAGGGGGUUGAGGUGAGGGAGAUCAGGAGCCAGGAAGCACCAGGAGAUAUGGAGAUGGAGGGGGAGAUAGAGGGUGAGGGGGAGAUGGAGGAAAUAGAGGGGGUUGAGGAGGGGGAGAUGGAGGGGGAGACGGAUUCGGUUUUCCUGCCGUGCGGAACCGUCGGUUUGACUCCGGGCAAAGGUUCCGGAAACCGCGCUCCCGUGGGCGGACAGGAGGAGUGGGCGGAGGGGUCCGGCGUGUCCGACCGCGCACAGGACCGGGAACGGCAGACCUCGGGAGCGCCAGGACAGAGGGCGGACACUCCUGGAAGGGAAGCCGACGGCACAGCCCGGGCCAACCGGGAACGGGCGGAGGGAGAGAGGAGCCCGGCUACACCGGGACACAUAGACCCGGAGAAGGAGGAAGAGGAGAGAGAAAGAGAGCCCGAUCCGGGAGCGAGUGACGGAGCGCGGGAACACCAUCCAUCUCCGGAUCAGGAUAAGCCACAGCAGAGGAAAACACUCAAAAAAACCAGAAAGUUUGUUGUGGACGGAGUUGAGGUCAGCGUCACCACCUCUAAGGUGGUGAGCGAGGAAAAGACACGAGGAGAUGUGCUGAGAUCAGCCAGGCGGCAGGAGCUGAGGGAACUGCGUCUUCUGCAGAGGGAAGAGCAGCGAGCGUUGGCACAGUUGGAGCAGAAACUACAGCAACAGCGAGAGCAGAUGUUUCGCAGCAUCGAGCAGGAGAUGAUAAGCAAGAAACAGUAUUACGAUCAGGAGCUGGAGAGCGUAGAGCGGAGUUACCGACAGAAAGAGGAACGACUGGAAGCGGAUUACACUAACCAGCUCCGUGAUGAGGCCAAGAGGCUGAAGGCCAAACAGGAGAAAGAGUUAUCCAAACAGCAGCGUUCACUGAGAGAUAGAAAGCAGGAGCAAGAGUUCAUCCAAAAGCAGCAGCAGGAGCUGAACGAGGCCAUGCAGGGAAUUAUACAGGAGCAGAAGAAUACGUUAGCCCAGUGUGAAGAGGAGUAUCUGACUCGAACACGUCAACUCAAGAGAGACCGGGAGUCAGUGAUCUGGGAUGUUGAAGGGCGCCUCCUACAGGAGAAAUACCACCUCUUCAAGCAACAAGUGAAGGACCAAUUAUCACUGCAGAGACACCAACUGAAGAAGCGGGGCGAGAAGGAGAUGGAGCGGAUGUGCCGAGACCACAACUCCCAGAUGGAGGAGCUCCGGGCCCAGCUGGCACAGGAGCGGGCACGGCUGCCCAAGUUCCAGCGGCAGGACGGCAAGACCAAGCUGGUCAGCUACAAACACAGCCUGAAGCCAAGGUCCCUCAGCACAGCUGAGCAGAGAGAACUCGUCAAACAGUUCUUGCUGCAGGAGGAGAAGCGGCAGAAGAGAGAGCGACAACAACAGCAGCAGCAACAUGAGCAACAUCUUCGGCAACGACUGAGGCUGUGUGAGAGCAACAGGAGUGAACUCCAGCUACUGCAGCAAGAAAAGGAACAUAUGCUGGUGGAUCGCGAGAAGAAGAAGCUGAAGACACUGGACCAGGAACAUACAAUGGAGCAAAGAGAAUGGAGCGAUCGGCUCGUGUCCCGCAAGGAGGUCCUGGAGGUGGAACUCAAUCGGCAGCGGCAACCAAAGCCAGACGUUGCAUUCAGGAGAAGCAGCGAGAACGACAUUUCCAAGUCCUCGAUCCACAGGAUAUCCAGAUUCUUCCCCCUGCCCAGCUUCCAAUCUUAAACGUGAACUUACAACCUACUGACUUGGAGAUGAGAUUGGAACUGAGCUGGGCUGACAUCUUUGAUCCUAUUACCCCCCACCAAGCCCUCUCCCCCUCCCCAUUGU